AGUGGGGUAACUUCGAACUUGGACCAUAGAUUUAUCUUGGAAUUAAUUUGGGCCAAAUCCAACCACAUAUACAUGUUAGCCAUCAACUAAAGCGUGCCAUCGUCUUUAAUUUCAUCAAGAAGCAAACACCCUCUGAACACCACCGUGCCACCACCACCUCCUCCUAGCAUAGGAUGUCUACGGAGAACCUCAACACCUCAAUCGAAAAUGACCAGCUUAUCCUUUAUCAAGUAUCACUGAGAGGGGAUGUCCCUGCCUUUGAUGCAUUGCUUCAACAAGAUGAACUCAUUCUUGAUAGGGUCGUCGUUUCUUCCUUCCAUGAAACUCCCUUACACAUUGCAGCCAUGCGAGGUCACCUUCACUUCGCUCGAGCACUCCUCAGUCGAAAGCCCAAACUAGCCGACGAGUUAGAUUCUCUUUGUCGCUUGCCUCUUCACUUGGCUUCUGCAGAGGGCUACACUGAUAUUGUCAAAGAGUUGAUAACUGCGAAUCCUGAUGCUUGCUGGGCACGUGAUCAAGAUGGAAGGAUCCCACUUCACUUGGCAGCCAUGAAAGGAAGAGUUGACAUUAUAAAGGAAUUGGUCAGCAUUUGCCCUGAGUCAAUUAGAGAGAAGCUGGAUUAUGGAGAGACAAUCUUGCACUUAUGCGUUAAAUAUAAUCGGUUGGAGGCUCUGAAAUUAUUGGCGGAAACAGUAAGAGAUGAUGAAUUUGUCAAUGCCACGGAUGACAAUGGCAACACAAUUUUGCACCUUGCUGCGAUCCUCAAACAAGUACAGAUUACAAAAUACUUGCUUUUGGAGACAAGCAUCAAGGAAAACGUAACUGCCUUGAACAGGAAUGGAUUCACAGCAUUGGAUGCUUUAGAGCACUGUCCAAGGGAUUCAAAAGGCCUGGAAGUAAAGAUCAUUCUGCUUGAAGCUGAAGCAGGUGUUCAGAGGAACACAGGGCGCAGUGUUAGUGAAUUCCCAUCAUCAACAGCACAACGAAAUGGAGGCCUAGUCGCCAGAAAGUACAAAUUCUGGAAUAACUACUUCAAGAAGGUUGGCAAGCGGUUAGAAGAGGCACGAGGCAAUAUUCUUGUGGCAGCUACUGUAACAGCAUCUAUGGCUUUCCAAGCUGGGAUAAACCCACCUCCAUUUGAUAAAUACAAAAAUUUAGCUCCUGCGCCGCAACCAAGCAAUGAUAUUACUACUCCUAAGUUUGCUAGUCUUGAUGAUCUGCUAGAGCAGUCAGAAAUAUCUUUCUGGUAUUACAACACCCUUUCUUUGAUGCUUUCCCUUAUUAUCAUUCUGCUGAUGUUUAGUGGAAUUCCGUUAGGAAAUAAGUUUUUAAGAGUUUUCCUAGUAAUUGCCAUGUGCGUCACAGUCCUAUACAUAUCAGGAGCAUAUUAUAGGGCCGCGUUAAGCUUCAGAGCGAGAGAUCAUUGGUGGAGUAGGGCAGGGGUAUCCAUGAUGGUAAUUGCCAUUGUGAUUCCUCUUUUAUUUUACUCAAUUAUAUUGUUACAUUUGGCUUCCUUCUUGAUCUGGCUGGUUCGGAAGAUCUGGAAAUGUAUCUCUAAAUUAAUAUUGUGCUUCUGAUAAUCAAAUUCCUGUCAGCUUUGAAUAAUAUUAUCUCAAAAGUGCAUGUAUAAUUCGCUUGCAAUAAAUUUUUAAGUUUUCU